AGUAGUUCGGAUGGCGGUGGACCGAGCAUCUCUGUUUUUGUAGAAGUUGUGGAUGAGACCUGUGACCGAUCAGCAUUUCGUGUAAAGUCAUGCGCCUGUUGAUCUGUCUGAUAUCUGCGCUGAGUUUGUGUGAGAGCGGCGAAGCGGCUGCAGAGUUCACUGAGACUGUGGGACACUCUCUGCAUAUCGAUGACGGGAACUUUUCAAACCGGGAUCACAUGAGACAAGAGCCCUUUCAGUACCAGCAGCAAGUGCUGGAUGCCCUGCCAGGUUCUUCCUUUAACCUGAGGGUCCAGGUUAGAGACGUGCUGAGUCGUCAGUCCCUGAGCCAGGCAGUGGUGGAUGUUUACAUCAACUACACCAGGGUCAAAACCGCUCAUACAGGGGAGGAUGGUGGAGUUUUGCUUCAUGUACCUUACCAAACUGGGCUGCCCAUCACAGUAGUGGCAAACAAGGAUGGUUACAUUAGCACGCUGCUGCCUUGUAAAACCAGCAGAAUGCCAAUAUUUUCAUCAGUGACCAUGUCACUACUUAGUCUAAAUCAAGGAAACAUCUGGCUCUUUGAAGAUUCUGUCCUGAUCACUGGCAAAACAUCUGAUGCUUCAUCACAGCCUGUUGUCCACUUUCCCAAGAGCCUGCUGAAUCUGACAGACAGCAGCAAUGUCACCUCGGUCAAAGCCUACCUGACCAUCCCCAGGCUGUCAUCAGAGGAUGACAGCCUGCUCAACACUCUGGGCAUCAUGAGCAGUAAAUCAGGAUACGUGAGUGUGGAGUUGAGCCCGGUGGCGGCUGUCAGUGUGCAGCUUUUCUCAGGAGACUCAGAGUUACACGUGAGUGGGCCCAUACAGAUCAGCCUCAGCAUCCCUGACAGCCGUGGACUCCAGAUUUCAAACGUGGUUCCAGCGUGGUUCUUUAACCAGACCACUGGUGGCUGGAUGAGGAAAGGACUAGGGAAGGUGGUGUCAGUCGAUGGAAAACUCAUGUGGACAUUCACAGCUCCUCAUCUAGGCCACUGGAUUGCAGCACCUCUGUCAUCUAACAGAGGUUUCUUUGGACUUGACAUUCCCAUCGACUUCAUCUUAAACCAUUCAUCUUCCCUGAUGGUUCUGCUCGGAGGAUUGCUUGUUGUGGUCAUCUGUCUUCUGGUUGGAUUAUUGUGUUAUCGCAGACGUCCCCUCAGUGAAACUGAGGCAAAGACGAUCCUACCAGUGAUGAGAAAAGACCAAACCACCUCCACAUGUGACGAUGAACUCUUUGAAGUAUAUUCAAGGGACGUGUCUCCUCCACAGAAUGGGCUUAACCACUCGUUCAGAGAAAAGGGGGACAAUCGACGCAAUUCCUCUGUUAAUUCAACGCACAGCGUAAUAGCCAACCCCAGCGCUGUGGCCAUUGCGCUGGAGUGCGCCGAACUGGACCUGAACACUGAACCUAAUGAUGGGACUUGUGUGUUCAGAGAGCAGAUGAGAGUUCCAGGAUCUCUGACUGAGAAUUUGUUUUUCUACAACCAGCCUGUUGCCAUCCUUCACGCUCCAGCCUUCUUCCAUUUGGAGGAGCAAGCGGAGCAGCAGCAGCGGAGCAAGUCGGCUACUCUGCCCCGUGCGGGGGCUUCAAACAGUGCUGCCACCGAGCCGCUGAGCAAAGACGGCUUCGCCCAGACACUGCCGAAAGGUCCGUCUGCGGCCCAGAACCAGGCGGGAGAAACCGAGGACCAGCUUGGAGUUCUAGAGGGUUCUCAGGCAGCAACCUCCACCAGCACACCCAGGGGUCCCUUCAGCCUCCCAGAGUCAGUGUCGGUCCCGGGAACAUUAAAUAAAAUCAGGGACAGCAGGCACUCGGUACACGCCUUAGCGGAGUUUUCCAAAAUGCCCUCACCCCAGCCUCCCCGGGCCUGGUUUGUGUCACUGGAGGGCAAACCCGCAGCCGAGAUCCAUUACAACGUGUCAGAGCAGCAGAGGAGACGGAGACCAGUGGAGAGUCGGGACACCAGUUUAGACUCGGGGGUGGACAUGAGCGAACUGAACCAGCCGUCCGGACGGAGGGCUGUAACGCUGGAGCGCAACGCUACUUUUGUCAAAAGCACGUCCGGCGGUAAACACGCAGCUCCACAGUAGAAACUCUUAAUACCUCCAUGCCUACAGUUCAUAUCGCGUAAAUAUUUACAUAUUAAUGUUUGUAUGGCCCCGUUUCCGCCAACCAUCAGAUUCCACAUACUUUACACACCAACUGCUGCACAUGUAGAGAAGUGGAGCACGUUGCGCGGUAGUCGUGGAUGUUAAACCUUAAAUGCCAAAAAUGUCUCACAACCCACCUGCUUUUUAACAACCUGUCUCAUCUCUUAUCUUCUGCCUCAUAUAUGUCAAAUUGUUUUCAAAUUUUCAAAUAACAUUACAUUACUGAUGAUUUACGGCCACCGCAGCUGCCCUGUUUGUCCUCCUCCAGCACGACGAUGGAUGGCUAACUUAAAUGCCUGAAUGCUAAUGUUAGUUCAGUAAUGUUAUUGAUUUUAUACUUGUGCAUGUUUUGCGCAUGUUUUGGUGUAUUUUGCCAUGAAGUGAAUCAUUUAAUUAUAUUUUAAUACAAAUAAAUAAAUGAAUAAA